UCGCGCCGACGAUAUUUCUCGCCUGCGAUAUGACGUAUGGAUUUUAUCGGCCGCAUCAUCGAGCGGUCCGCGAGAGGGGGCGACUUGUUACCAAGGGGUUGCACUGCAGUCGCGGUUAUCGUGGUGGGGCGAUCUCGUCACAAGUCCGAAAGUUUCUCCCCCGGCGUGAUAGUGCGACCCGACAUUCUCGAUCGUUUUUCAUCGCAAGAAGAAAGACUCGAAAGGAAAUCAACGAGAGAAAAAGAGGGAGAGUGACAGCUCCAGCGACAGUGUUGGGACCACGAUCAGCAAUGAGUACUACGGACCCCACCGGGGAGGGUGGAGGAGGAGGAGGAGAGGGCGCCAUGUCGGCUAAUGCCGAACAGAAUGCGUCUCCGAGCACGCCUAAUACCGGCACCACGGUACCGGUACAAGCGACUACUCAGCAACAGCAACAGCACCCGCCACCGUCGCCCCUGAGUGGCUGUUAUCUUCUCGUUGUGCUUCCUGAGCCUCAUACUGCGCAACAUAAGGACCUCAUCCUGAACCGCCUCGCGAAAGGUUUUCUAUCAUGGGACAAGGACAGUUGUCACGUAGAUCUGGAGAAAGAACUAUUGGCCUUAGUAGCACAAGCCCCCGAAGGCGAAGAAGCCAGAAAUGGUGAAAGAUUGAUUCAAUAUGCCACCGAGAAUCUCGUAACGGAAGUUCUUAUUCACCCGCAGACAAAUACAUUGUUACAAUGUAUUCGCAAUCUCCUUGCAAGCUUCACGAAACAUCGGCACAUUAUACACGCUGGAUACACUUUCGGCGGUAAUGGUUCCUGGAUAUUACAGGAUGGAACCUUCAGUCUCGCAGAUUUUCUGGAUGCAUUCAGCGAACAUGAAGUGCAGAGAGUCCUUCGUGCCUACGAGAAUAGCGUUACCGUAGAUAUACAUUGUGCGGGUAUCGGUGACUGGACGACAAGUCGUUUAUCGAAGGAGGCUUGUUGCAGAUUUUGCAGAGUCAGAGUGAAUCCCGACGAUGUUCUUACAGCUGGCAUGCCGGCUAUUACUAGUUUCACAAAUUAUAUAGGACAGUAUCUCGUGCCGCAAACGCUGGACCAGCUCAUGGAACCGUCGGACGUCGUCGGAAAUAUUAGAUUUAGCCAUCCGACCUUAUACGUCUUCCCCGGUGGGCAAGGUGAUGCCGCACUUUUCGGUAUAAAUGGUUUCAACAUGCUCGUUGACGGCGGCUUCGCCAGAAAAGCCUGCUUCUGGGACUUCACUAGGCAUCUAGACCGAUUGGAUGCAGUUCUAGUCACUAGGAUAAAUAAUAGCAACAUUGGCGGCAUGUUUAGCGUCCUCCGCAAGAAGAAGGAAUUACAUGUCUACCCUCAAAUCGGCCAUUUCUUCUGUAACUUAGUCGAAAGAAGACAAUCAAAUUCACCUGAUGGCGAUAAGGAUAUUGAUCCCCUCAUCCUCAAUCUUACCGAUAUCGGUCAGGAGAUGGUGCUGAAUCUUCGGCAUAUCAAUCUCCGUGCUCAUCCUUGCUACAGAGAUUCCGAACCGAUUAAUCUCUAUCACAAAGUAGGCCACGGCACGCUGGACAUGUACGUGCUUAGUCCAAGCAAAGACAGUCGCGAAGUGCGCGAGUUUCUAUCCAAGUGGCAUGCGUCGGAUUCGAAGCUGUUUGCCGGUUCUCACAAGAAGGACUCGAAUAAUCUCACAUUCCCGAUUCAGAAUCUCGUGUCGAUAUGCGCGCUCCUAGUUUGGCAGCCGGCUAAUCCCGAGGAUAAUAUCACGCGAAUUCUCUUUCCCGGCAGCACGCCACAGCAUAAAAUUUUCGAAGGUUUUGAACGACUCAAGCAUUUAGAUUUUCUGAAGCACCCAGUAUGUUCAGCAAAAACAUUAUCGCCGUCAACAUCUCUGGCAACGCUCAGAGACAAACCGAUUAAGAAAUUUGGCCUUAUCGAGAAGGAAUCGAAGAAAAUUUCAGAGCCAAAGAAAGAGAAAAGAGAACCAUCGGAGCCCAAGUCUAUUAAGCCUGCGGAUGAAACAAUUUCUAAAACAACUCCUCAAUCGACGCCGAUUAUUCCCACGAGUAAACUAAAGACCGAAACGAAGAUGAAAAAAGUCGCGGAAAAUAAGAAGAUUGAAACUGAGGCAAAGGAAAGCAAGAAAAUUGAGAAAGAAUUAAAAGAUGUGAAAAAGGAGUCAAAAAAGGAGCCGAUUAAAGUGGAGAAACGGGAGGAUGAAAUAAAAAAAGGUGAUUUAAUUAAACUGGAAUCCGAUAAGACUGCAUCCAAGGAAAUUAAGGAAUAUAAAGUCAAGCCUGAGCCAAAGAAGAAAGAAGCAAAGGAAAGCAAGAUAAAGACCGAGUUGAAAAAGAGCGAAGUAACUCCGAAGCCAAAGUCGAGUGAGAAAAGAGCUAAACCUUCUGGCACAGAGAAGAAAGAUGCUGUAAAGUCUUCCCCUACGACGCCGAAGAAGACCUUGAACGGUACCGCCACAAGGACGGAGAUAUCGAAAGCUGCGCCAAAGACAAAACUAGCGUCCAAAGCCAUGCCCAGUCUUCCAGCCAAAAGCGCCAAGGAAGCUAAUAAUAGAAAAGUGGUGGAACAAAAAAAAUCCGAAGUCGAGAAGUCUGCCGUAAGAGAUGUCGCGGCUCCUGCUGUUAAAGUAUCCGCGAAACCUAAACCAACGGAUAGAAAACCGAUCAGUCGUCGCACGAAACCGGUUAGUCCUAGCAAAGCUCGUAUGCCAGGCAGUCCAGCAAAAUCUACUCGUAGCACGCCGACCACUUCCGUGAAAUCUGAUAAAGAUGGUGUCAUUCGUAAAGUAAAGGGCGACAAAGGCACCACCGAUUCGUCCACGGUUUCUACUCCGUCUGGAAUAGAACCGGAAUCUGUAAAGCCAAUUGAUAAAAGUUUAAUCGAGCAAUCUGAAGAUAUGUCGUUGGAUUCUAUAGAAAGUAAAGUGUUGGCCGAUCUCAAAGAAGAACGAGAGGUCGUUGAGGAAAUUGAAGCUGUUCUACAAAAAGCAGAGAGGAUUGAAGAGAUUCGGAAAGACGAUCGUUUUGAGGGAGACGAUGAAAUUACAGCCGAGGCCAUAGAUAAAAAAGAAGAGGAUAUUACGGAAGAGGAUGUUACUGCCGAAAUUGAGGACAUGCCUAAAAAAGAAGGUUCCAGAAAAGAAAGCCAGGAAUUGACUGAAGAAGACGAGUACCUCAUCGUAGAGAAGGAAGAAGUCUAUACUGAGGACUCGGCUCAAAGCGGCGAAGGCGAACAGAAACAUGUUCUUGACGACCGAGUCGAAAAAGGAAGAGCCAGAAAAGAAAAGGAGACAGUAAGGGAAAAAGGUCAAAGAAGAACAAAGGAAAAAAAAAAAGAAGAAAAAAAAAAAAAAGAAAAAAAAAUUGAUGAAAUCGCGGAGAAAGAGGAGAUUGCUGGGCUGUCUUCGGAACAUAAGGAACAAUUACAAAAAGAGGUGAAAGAAAUAAUAGCUUCCGCUGCUGAAAUCGUGCAGAAAGCCGAAGAGAAAGAUGAUUCCGCUAAAAAGGACAGCGAGGACAUUACAAAAGAACCAUCUAGUCUGAGUCCAGACAAAUUGGAUUCGUCAGAAAAAAAGACUGAUACAGAUGUAAAGCCGGACGUCGAUCAAAAGGAGCAUAUUCUUGAGAAGAGGGAAGAAUCUCAAGAACGAAUCUCAACGAUAGAAUCGGGAGCCACUACAACCGCUCCAACUUUGCCUGAAGAUGAACGAAUACCGUUGGAUGAAAUAAAAGAGGAUAUCGAUGAGAAACACGUUAUCGAAGAAGUGAAAGAGAAGGACGCUCCUAUGAAGUUGAAGGAAGAGGUAGUUCCGGAAACUGUUUCCGUGAAACCGGAGGUCAAAGUUUUUGAUGUUCGCCAAGCGAUGCAGAAUCUGCAAAGAGACAUCGUCAAGACGCCCGACGAAGUCGCCGAUCUGCCAGUUCACGAGGAAGUCGAUCCUAAACUUUAUAGAAUGGAAGAUUUUGAGAAGGGAAAAGAGGAAAAACCGUCACCGACUACACAAGAAAUUAAAGAGCUACCUACACCACCUGUAAAGGAGCAAAAAGGUGUCUUCAGUUUCUUCGGCAAAGUGGCAGAUAAGUUUGAAAAGGGUAUUGAUAAAUUGACUAAAAAGUCGAAGAAAGAAUCCGAUAAGGAUUCCGACGAGAAAUCCUCUUCGAAAUCCAGUUCUCCGAAGGAAGCAAAACUUCAAGAAAAAACGCUCUUUGAAGAGGUCGAUGUAGAAAAAAUGUUCCCUAAAGUCGGCAAGCCCGCUGACAAACCUGAGAUAUUUGAAGAAGUGAAACCUACGAUUGUCGAUGUGAAAACGGCUGCCAUUAAAGAUACUGCGGCAUUCAUACAAGAGGAAAUAUUUGAUGCGCAGAAAAAAAGUGUAUCUGAUAUUGAAGAAAAGCUUUCGAUUGAAAAAAAAUUGGAAGAUAUUAAAAAAGCAGAAGCUGAAAUCGAAGAAGCAUUGUUCGCGAAGGAUGUAUCGCCGAAACCAGUGGACGAUAAAGAGAUUGCUAAGGAAAUUGAACUUCUGAAGGAAGAAGAUAUAGGAGAGGAUGCUGAAGAAGUAAAGGCUCUUCUGGAAGAAGCCUCUAAGAAAUUUAAAACUGUGAAGGACAGUUUAAGAGAUUCGUUGGAAUCUUUAGAGGAAAAAGUUAAAGAAGAAGAGAUGCAACAUGACGUAUCACCUACUUUGAAGGAUAUUGUAAAGGAUACCUUGGAAGGGGUGGCUGAAAAAUUAGAAGAGAUAAAACCGCAUAUCGAGAGCUCACUCGACAUAAAAGAACCGGAGAAAGUUAAGUUUGCUAUACCAAAGGAUGAAGAAUUCGAAGAGGAGUAUGAAGAAGAACCAGAAGGACCAUAUAGAGAUAUGAAGGAAGCCGUUAGGGAUGUCGGAGAGGUUCUCGCAGGUACUGCUGGAAUCGAUCUCGAAGAUAAACCUAAGGAUGUUAUAGAAAUUGUAAAGAAAGUUGCUGAAGUUCUUAAGGAAGAUGAUUUUCUUUCUGAUAAGACAUUAUUCGAUCAAGCUUCUAAAAAGGAAGAGAUCUCGUCAAUUCCAGAUAGAAAACCAUCGAAAGAAGAAAUUUCGACAGAAAGAAAACUCUCGAUUCCAAGCGAAAAAGUAACUCAAGAGAAAGAUACUAAAUUGAAAGAAGACGAAUCUAAACUUGCUUAUGAGGAUAUUGUGACAUCGAAGAAGAUUGAUGUCGCCGAAGUAUUUCCGGUUCACGAAAAGGCUGAAGAACUGAUCGAAAAAUCUGACAAACUUUUGGUAUCAUCUGAGAAACCCGAUGCUGUCGAAGUUAAGGAAGAACCUUGCGUGAAAAUGUUUAAAAAACAAGAUGAUAUGGUUACUUCGCCUAUGAAAGAUGUCACAAAAGAUAAGAAAGAUGUUCAAGAAAUAUGUGCAGAAAUGUUGAAAGAUGAUAUUUGUGAUCAACAUAAAAAAUUAGCCGUCGACGAUACAAGUCAAGUAGACGUGAUGCAGGCUGGCAUUGAGAGUAUAUGCGUGAAAGAAAUGGCGAAACGGCCGUCUUUUGAAGAUAAACUGGAAAGCGGCAUAGAACAUCCUGUAAUAAGCUUCGAACAAAAAGUUUCGCCGGCAAAGGCAGAAAUAGUAAUGGUGACUCCUGGUUCUACGCCUACUUCACCGAAAUUUAGCGCAGAUAAAAUAUAUGAUAAGGAAUUGGAGAUCGGCCUUCAGGAAUUACCUAAACUGCCAGAUGAUAUUAAACAAGUUCUCAGCAAGGAAGCACCUGUCGAGGAAGUCAUUGAGGAACUGAUUAUUACAAAAAAGAAAAGGAUUACUAUCGAAGUGAUCGAAUACAUUACCGUGGUGAAGCGUAUCCCGAGGGAACGUGUGAUUUACAUUAUCGAGGAGAUUAUCGUAAAGAAGGGACUAUCCAGAGAAAGCGUGGUGGAUGACCCUGAAAUUCUAAAGUUAAAAGAAGAUAUUACGCCUGAAAAAAGAAUGGAAGUUGAAGAUUAUAUUGUUAACGAAUAUAUUAUCAAAGAGAAGCGAAUUACUAUAGAAAUCAUCGAGGAAAUCUCGAUUAAGAAAAUCGUGCCUAAGAAAAUCGUCAUCGAAAUUAUCGAGGAGAUUAUCGUCAAGAGAAAGAUUGCUAGGCACAUGGUACUGGAUAUUCCAGAAGAAGUGCUAUCAGAAAUAAUUAAAGAGGAAUCACCAGAAGAAUCACCAGAAGAAUCAGCAGAGGAGCAAAUAACACCAAAAAUAGACAUAACUGCGAAACGAGAGUCAAUUGCUGAGGUUUCUACUGCUCCAAUUGAAGUAGAAGAACCAAUUAUACUUCAAAAGCGUGAGGAGAUUGAAGAAUUCGUCGUUAACGAAUAUAUCAUUAAGGAGAAAAAGAUUACUGCAUCGAUAAUUGACGAAAUUUCUGCUAAGAAAGCUAUUCCCAAGAAAAUUCUCGUUGAAAUUAUCGAAGAAAUUAUUGUUAAAAAGAAAAUUCCUAGAAAUGUAUUACUUGAUGUUACCGAGGAAGAACUCGAUGCAUCAAUGAUAUCCAAAACAACGCCUGAAGAUAAAGAAGAAAAGAAGAUAUCAGAAACAGAAAUAUUGAAGGAGAAACGAAAAUCAAUCAUUGAAGUUCCUAGCGCGGAAAUUUCGGAAAUGAAAGAACUGGUAACUUCGCAACAAAGAGCAGAAAUCGAAGAAUAUAUUGUUGAGGAAUAUGUUACCAAAGAGGAUAGCAUUAACGUACAAAAACUUGAAGAAAUCUGUAGUAAAAAGAAGAUAUCUAAAAGAAUAAUUAUCGAAAUUAUCGAGGAAAUUAUAAUUAAAAGAAAAAUACCGAGGCAUACGGUACUUGGAAUAACCGAAGAAGAAUUAUCGCACAUAAUCAAGGAAGAAGUAUCUCCAGAAUUGGAAGUUCUGGCUGAAAAAAGGAAAUCGAUCGCUGAAGUGCUUAGUCCUGACGAAAAGAAAAAAAUUCCAGUUGAAUUAAAAAAAGAUGUGCCUGAGCACGAAGUUAGUGAAGAAAAAUUAUCACCUACGUCUGAAAAGGAUAUUGAAGAGGAGGAAGAAGAAGAAGAAGUAGACGGUUUUGUCAGUAUACCUAGAAAGAGUUUCGAUGAAAAAAAGAAAGAGAUUUCGCCGAUUAAAACAGAAGUUUUGCCUGUGACUGUAAAGGAGCAUGAAAAAGACGCGAUUGACGAUUUUGAAGCUGUCGAACAGGAAUACAAGGUGCACGAUGUAUCCAUUACGUCUCCCGAGAAAGCAGAUGAGAUGAAAGAGAAGGAAGAUAUCGAAGAGACUGCGGAAGAUACUAUGAGUGAAGUGAUCGAGGCGGAUGAGAAGUUUGUGCAAGAAACUAAAGAAAAAGUAGGAAAGGAAGAGCCUCAGGUCGAUAUCGAAAAAGAUAUUAAACUCGAUGAUAAAAAGCGAGAACUUGAAGAACCAGAAACAUCCGAGAUAUCAGAAAUCGUUGACACUACGGAGAAAUAUUUGGACGAGGCUAAAGAAAAGACAGAUGACGUUUCUUCAAAAGAGAAAUCUUUAAUUGAGAAAGUAGAUGAACUGACAAUAGUUGAAGAAAAAGAAAUCCUUAAAGAUAUCUCCGAUAAACGAUCUUCAAUUGAUAUAGCUGCUGUUCCGGAAGCUGUUCUACCAAGUACAAAAUUAAUUGACGAGAAAGCUGCGCCAGAUAAAACGAAAGAAAUAGAGCCUGCGAAAGAAAAAGUCGAAGAACUUAUAACAAAAGACGAUAAAUCAAAACCGACAUCUCCAAUUAAAGAUGAAACAAAAGAUAUCGUUUUUCUUACCGAAAGACUUCUUGAAAAAGUUGAAGGAAAGCCAGAAACAAAACUCACGGAUGCAACAGACUUUGCACAAGAGCCGACGACAGAAUUACUUGAAGAUAUAAAAUCCAAAUUAUUGGAACCUACAGAAAUCAAAGAAACUCCAAUAACUAAGAAGGAAGAGAGUCCUCAAGAAUUAUCUGAGGAAGCUUUACAUAAAAAAACAAGUAUCUCAAUAGAGCCAGAAGUCGAAAUAAUAAAGUCGAAAGAUGAGCUACAUGUUGAGGAUGUUAAACCUCUCGAAAAAAUUAAAGAUGAGAAAUACCUAGCAGAUAAGUCUGCAAAAGUCGAUGAAGGUUCUGGCACUGUGAAAAGAAUGCUGGUCACGGCCUGCAGCGAGGAUGGCAGAGAAGAAACAGAGAUUUGUCCGACCGGCAGCAUAACUUUUACGAAGACCGUCACUCCGGACGAUUCUCUCAAAGAUGUAUCCGUGAAAUCCACACCAGAUAAAGAUUCCUUACUUUUAGAUAAAGACUCGUUGCACUCAAGCGUGAGUACUCCUGAAAAAGAUAGCAUUUCCGAGAAAUCUGUUCCCGAAGGUAAGGACAAAAUCACUUCUGAAGACAGUUUAGAAAAAUCUCCUCGUGAUUCACAGGAUCUUGAAGACAGUUUGGAAAAAUUAGAAUUGCAAAAACCUAAAGAUAUUAAAAUACCAUUAAUCGAUGACAAUAAGCCAAAAGCACCGGAGAAAUCGGAAGAUAUUAUAAAGCCGAAAUCUCCUAUGGAGAAAGAAGACUUGAAGGCUCCAGAUAAAAUUGCAGCCGAGGAUGCAUUACCAUCACCUGAAGAAAAAAGAAAACCGGAAUCUCCUGUUAAAGAUACAGAGAUUGAAAAAGUAAAACUUAUGGCUGAAGAAAAGAUUGAGAAACCAAAAAGUCCUACAAAAGAUAUGGAAAAAAUAGAAAAAUCUCCUUCGUCAUCUGAAAUAAAACAUGAUGAUGUACAAAAAUCAAAAUUAUCUCCUGAUACGACAGCGGAAAAAUCUCCAGUCGAAUCAACAGAGAAACCGACACUUCCAAUCGAAAAGGUACAAUCUGAAAAGAUAGGAACAACUGGUGUUUCGAAAACACCUGAGUCGCUCCGUUCCGAAGACGUUUCACCGGCCGAAACGAUUUUCUCAAAGUCACCAACAGACAAACCUGAAAUGUAUUUUACGAAGACAUCCAUUAGCGAAGAAGAUGUUGUUUCUGAAGCAGUCACUGAAAAAUUAUCUGAAGCAGUCACUGAAAAAUUAUCUACUAAAGAAAUUAAAUCGAUAGUAGAUAAAGAAUUAGAAUCUAAAGAAAAAACACCGAGUCCGGAAAGUAAAGAUCAAACGUCGGAAAAACUCGAGAUGAAAGAAUUGGAUUUAAAAUCUACAUCACCUGUUAUUGUUACCAGUACAGACGAAAAAGCUCCACUUGAAAAAUCUAUAUCGCCAAGCAUAAGCAGCGAAAAGCACGAAGAGAAAGAUGUUUUAAGUAUAUCUAGUGAAAAAUCCGACGAUAACAAAUCUAUUUGUUCAAAAUCUCCUGUUAGUCCUGAUAAAGAAGAAAAGGAAGAUGUAAUCGACAAAUAUCAAUUACCAAGUAUUGUUAGUGCAUCAAUCGAUAAGAAAAUGUCUGAAGUUAAAGAGAAACCAGAAGAAAAAGAACCGGUAGAUAAAUCUAAAACUCCAAGUAUCACUAGUGAAAAAUCUGAACAGGAUAUUAAAUCCCCCGAUAGUGUUUUAAGUGAUAAAACCGAAGAGAAGGAAACUGUUAAGCUAAAAUCACCUAGCGCCGUCGACAAAGAAACAAUAAGUGAAAAAUUGCCUAUUCUCGAAAGUGAAGAACAUUAUGAUGAAAAGGGACCAAUUGAUGAAGUUAAAUCUCCAAGCGCAAUCAGCGAUAGAUCUGAUGAGAAAAAAGAAGCCGAGCGUUCGAAGUCACCGAGUAUAGCCACGGAUAAGUCGGAUCUUCAAGAUGUGACGGAGCAUUAUUUAGAGAAACAAAAAUCCCCUAUUUUUGAUAGGCCAGAAUCGCCUAAAGAUAUCGAUAAGACUGAAGAACAAGAUAAAAGUAGAUCUCCCAGUGUAGCUAGUGAUAAAUCAGAUAGCAAAAAAGUAAGUUCUAGAUCACCAAGCAUUUCUGUAGAAAAAAUAGAUCUCAAGGAUAUGGACCUACCAAUUGAAAGAGCCCAAUUGCCUAGUAUAGCCAUCGAUAAAGAUGAUAAGUUGGAAGAGCUUCCGAUAUCAAAGUCACCCAUUGAUAAAACCGAAGUAUCGAAGGACGCGCAAAAAUCUCCGAAACUUGAUGAAAUAGGCCUGAAAGAAAUACAAUCUCCAUUAGACAAAUCCCGAUCAUCGAGUGUGACCAGCACUAUUAGCGAAUCUAAAGAAUCAGGACUUAAAGAAAAAUCACCGAGCGGAGAAUUUGUUGAUAAAAGCAAGUCAUCGAGUCUUGUUGACCAAAAAUUAGACGUCGAGGAAAAAGAAUCAUCUGAAAAAUCAAGAUCAUCUAGUAUCGUUAAAGAACAACAUAUUCCACAGGAAAUAAAAAAAUCACCAAGCUCUGUUGAAGAAAAAUUAAAGGAUCUUACACAAGAACCGAUCGACAAGUCAAGAUCAUCAAGUGUUUCAAGUAUCGUAACUGAUGAAAAGGAACCUGCCGAUCAUUUAAAAUCAUCAAGUACUGUCGACGAAAAACCAGAUUUGAAAGGCGUUGAAGAACCAUCACAUGAUAAAUCAAGAUCGCCUAGUGUUAUAAGUGUUACAGAAGAACAAAAAGAACCCAUUGAUCUCUCGAAAUCGCCUAGUAUUGCUGGAGAGAAAUUAGACUUAAAAGACAUAAUCGAUAUGCCUCCUGAUAAAUCGAGAUCAUCAAGUAUUACGAGCGUAACGAGUACUCAAAAAGCGGAACAUUCGAAAUCACCCAGUAUUGCUGGCGAAAAACCGGAUAUAAAAGACGUAACAGAAUCAGUAACUGAUAAAUCCAGAUCUCCAAGCGUUAUCAGCAUUGCAGAAGAAAAGAAAGAACCGUUUGAUCAUUCAAAAUCACCAAGUGUCAUCGAUGAAAAACCAGAUUUGAAAGACGUUACAGAACAACUUGAUGAAAAAUUUAGAUCCGCCAGCGUUGGUAGCAUUACAAGCGAACAAAAAGAAACAACGGACCGCUCUAAAUCACCUAGCAUUACUGACGAGAAACCGGAUUUGAAAGAUGUUGUGGACCAACAAAUUGAAAAAGCACCGAGCGACAAAUCCAAAUCACCUAGUGCGGUGAGUGAUUCAAAAGAACCAGAAGAACGAUCGAAAUCACCUAGUAUUGCUGAAGACAAAUCAGAUGAAAAAGAACCGACGGCAGACAAAUCUAGAUCCACCAGCGUGGUGAGCAUUACAAGCGAACAAAAAGAAACAACGGACCGCUCUAAAUCACCUAGCAUUACUGACGAGAAACCGGAUUUGAAAGAUGUUGUGGACCAACAAAUUGAAAAAGCACCGAGCGACAAAUCCAAAUCACCUAGUGCGGUGAGUGAUUCAAAAGAACCAGAAGAACGAUCGAAAUCACCUAGUAUUGCUGAAGACAAAUCAGAUGAAAAAGAACCGACGGCAGACAAAUCUAGAUCCACCAGCGUGGUGAGCAUUACAAGCGAACAGAAAGAAACGACGGACCGCUCUAAAUCACCUAGCAUUGCUGGCGAGAAACCGGAUUUGAAGGAUAUUGUGGAACAGCAAAUUGAACAAACACCAAGCGAUAAAUCCAAAUCACCUACUGCGCUGAGUGAUUCAAAAGAACCAGAAGAACGAUCAAAAUCACCUAGUAUUGCUGAAGACAAAUUAGAUGAAAAAGAACCGACGUCAGACAAAUCUAGAUCCACCAGCGUUGUAAGCAUUACAAGCGAGCAGAAAGAAACGACAGACCGCUCUAAAUCACCUAGCAUUGCUGGCGAGAAACCGGAUUUGAAGGAUGUUGUGGAGCAACAAAUUGAAAAAGCGCCGAGCGACAAAUCCAAAUCACCUAGUGCUAUAAGUGAUUCGAAAGAACCAGAAGAACGAUCAAAAUCACCUAGUAUUGCUGAAGACAAAUUAGAUGAAAAAGAAUCGACAGCAGACAAAUCUAGAUCCACCAGCGUUGUAAGCAUUACAAGCGAGCAGAAAGAAACGACAGACCGCUCUAAAUCACCUAGCAUUCCUGACGAGAAACCGGAUUUGAAGGAUGUUGUGGAGCAGCAAAUUGAAAAAGCGCCGAGCGACAAAUCCAAAUCACCUAGUGCUAUAAGUGAUUCGAAAGAACCAGAAGAACGAUCGAAAUCACCUAGCAUUGCUGAAGACAAAUCAGAUGAAAAAGAACCGACGGCAGACAAAUCUAGAUCCACCAGCGUUGUAAGCAUUACAAGCGAGCAGAAAGAAACGACGGACCGUUCUAAGUCACCUAGCAUUGCUGACGAGAAACCGGAUUUAAAGGAUGUUGUAGAGCAACCAAUUGAAAAAACACCGAGCGACAAAUCCAAAUCACCUACUGCGAUGAGUGAUUCCAAAGAACCAGAAGAACGAUCGAAAUCACCUAGUAUUGCUGAAGACAAAUCAGAGGAAAAAGAAUCGACGGUAGACAAAUCUAGAUCCGCCAGCGUGGUGAGCAUUGCAAGCGAACAGAAAGAAACGACGGACCGCUCUAAAUCACCUAGCAUUGCAGACGAGAAACCAGAUUUGAAGGAUGUUGCGGAGCAGCAAAUUGAAAAAGCAUUGAGCGACAAAUCCAAAUCACCUAGUGCGAUAAGUGAUUCAAGAGAACCAGAAGAAGGAUCGAAAUCACCUAGUAUUGCUGAAGACAAAUCAGAUGAAAAAGAACCGACGGCAGACAAAUCUAGAUCCACUAGCGUUGUAAGCAUUACAAGCGAACAGAAAGAAACGAUAGACCGCUCUAAAUCACCUAGCAUUGCUGGUGAAAAACCGGAUUUGAAGGACGUUGUGGAGCAGCAAAUUGAAAAAGCGCCAAGCGACAAAUCCAAAUCACCUAGUGCGAUGAGUGAUUCAAAAGAACCAGGAGAACGAUCAAAGUCACCUAGUAUUGCUGAAGACAAAUUAGAUGAAAAAGAACCGACGGCAGACAAAUCUAGAUCCACUAGCGUUAUAAGCAUUACAAGCGAGCAGAAAGAAACGACGGACCGUUCUAAGUCACCUAGCAUUGCUGACGAGAAACCGGAUUUGAAGGAUGUUGUAGAGCAGCAAAUUGAAAAAGCGCCGAGCGACAAAUCCAAAUCACCUAGUCCGAUAAGUGAUUCAAAGGAACCAGAAGAACGAUUGAAAUCACCUAGCAUUGCUGAAGACAAAUCAGAUGAAAAAGAAUCGACGGCAGACAAAUCUAGAUCCGCCAGCGUAAUAAGUAUUACAAGCGAGCCAAAAGAAAUUACAGACCGCUCUAAAUCACCUAGCAUUGCUGGUGAGAAAUUAGAUUUGAAGGAUGUUGUGGAGCAGCAAAUUGAAAAAACACCGAGCGAUAUAUCCAAAUCACCUAUUGCGCUGAAUGAUUCAAAAGAACCAGAAGAACGAUUGAAAUCACCUACCAUUGCUGAAGACAAAUCAGAUGAAAAAGAUCCGACGGCUGACAAAUCUAGAUCCGCCAGCGUGGUAAGCAUUACAAGCGAGCCAAAAGAAAUUACAGACCGCUCUAAAUCGCCUAGCAUUGCUGGCGAAAAACCGGAUUUGAAGGAUGUUGUAGAGCAGCAAAUUGAAAAAGCGCCAAGCGACAAAUCCAAAUCACCUAGUGCGAUAAGUGAUUCAAAGGAACCAGAAGAACGAUUGAAAUCACCUAGCAUUGCUGAAGACAAAUCAGAUGAAAAAGAAUCGACGGCAGACAAAUCUAGAUCCGCCAGCGUAGUAAGUAUUACAAUCGAGCCAAAAGAAAUUACAGACCGCUCUAAAUCACCUAGCAUUGCUGGUGAGAAACCAGAUUUGAAGGAUGUUGUGGAGCAGCAAAUUGAAAAAACACCGAGCGACAAAUCCAAAUCACCUACUGCGCUGAGUGAUUCAAAAGAACCAGAAGAACGAUUGAAAUCACCUAGCAUUGCUGAAGACAAAUCAGAUGAAAAAGAACCAACGACGGAUAAAUCUAGAUCCGCCAGCGUGGUGAGCAUUACAAGCGAGCCAAAAGAAAUUACAGACCGCUCUAAAUCACCUAGCAUUGUUGGCGAAAAACCGGAUUUGAAGGAUGUUGUGGAGCAGCAAAUUGAAAAAACACCAAGCGACAAAUCCAAAUCACCUAGUGCUAUAAGUGAUUCAAAAGAACCAGAAGAACGAUUGAAAUCACCUAGCAUUGCUGAAGACAAAUCAGAUGAAAAAGAACCAACGGCGGACAAAUCUAGAUCCGCCAGCGUGGUGAGCAUUACAGGCAAAGCAAAAGAAAUUACAGACCGCUCUAAAUCACCUAGCAUUGCUGGCGAAAAACCGGAUUUGAAGGAUGUUGUGGAGCAGCAAAUUGAAAAAACACCAAGCGACAAAUCCAAAUCACCUAGUGCUAUAAGUGAUUCGAAAGAACCAGAAGAACGAUCGAAAUCACCUAGCAUUGCUGAAGACAAAUCAGAUGAAAAAGAAUCGACAGCAGACAAAUCUAGAUCCACCAGCGUUGUAAGCAUUACAAGCGAGCAGAAAGAAACGACGGACCGUUCUAAGUCACCUAGCAUUGCUGGUGAAAAACCGGAUUUGAAGGACGUUGUGGAGCAGCAAAUUGAAAAAGCGCCAAGCGACAAAUCCAAAUCACCUAGUGCGAUGAGUGAUUCAAAAGAACCAGGAGAACGAUCAAAGUCACCUAGUAUUGCUGAAGACAAAUUAGAUGAAAAAGAACCGACGGCAGACAAAUCUAGAUCCACUAGCGUUAUAAGCAUUACAAGCGAGCAGAAAGAAACGACGGACCGCUCUAAAUCACCCAGCAUUGCUGAUGAGAAAGCAGUUUUAAAGGAUGUUGUAGAACAACAAGUUGAAAAAUUACCAAGCGAUAAAUCCGAUGAUAAAAAAUCAAUCGGUGAUUCAAAAUCGUCAAGUAUUACCGAAGACAAAUCCGAUUUAACGGACGUUACCGAACACCCGCUGGAUAAAUCUAAGUCAUCGAGUAUCACGAGUAUCACAUCUGAUCAGAAGGAGCCGACAGAAAAGGCAAAAUUAGUUCUAGAUAAAGAAGAAGGUUUUGAUAGAAGCAAAUCGCCAAGCGUAGCUAGCGAAAAGUCAGAGGAGGCGAAAUCAAUAUUAAGUUCCAAACCGUCAAGUGUCGCUGGAGAUACGGCAGACUUGUCAGAACUGCCAGUUGACAAGUCUAGAUCACCUAGUGUGAUAAGCGUGACGACUGAUCAAAAAGAACCAAUUGAAAUACCGAUUUCUCCUCCUACAGUUUCUCAAACAAUAAAAGAACCACACGACAGAAGUAAAUCUCCAAGCAUAGCGAGUGAAAAAUCCAGCUCGAGAAAAGCCAGUAUUACAGAAGACAAACCAGAUCUUAAGGAUAUCAUAGAACCGCCAAUCGAUAAAUCCAGAUCAUCCAGCGUUGUAAGUCUCACGACCGAGAAAGCGGAAUCAUUUGGAAAAUCGAUAUCACUUACCACCUCUGACAAAUUAGAACCACCUGUUGAUCAGAGCAAAUUUCCCAGCACUGCCAGCGAUAAAUCUGAUGGAAAGGUGACGGACAGUAAGGUCGGCACUAAAGAAUAUUACGAAGAUGCCAGCGAUAAAUCUCCGAGUCUUAUUGACGUGAAACCUUCGACAGUUAUCGAAAAAUUGGAUAUUAAAUCGGAUGAUGAUAUUCUACAUGACAAAUCGCAAUCUUCUAGCAUUGUUCUUGAUAAGCGAUCAUUGGAAAAAAUAGAUAUUGACGGACUGAAAACAGCCGAACAAGAAUUAAUUGAUAAAGCGCGAUCAUUAAGCAUUAUCAGUGACAAAACGGAACCAAAAUCACCGUCCGAUGUCUCAAAAUCAUCAAGUUUAACCGACGAUAAAUUCGAUCAGAAAGAAAAGUCUAGAUCGUCAAGCGUUGCUAGCGAGAAACUCGAUGAUAUCGAUGCUAAGAUUGCGCCGAGUUUAGAUAUUGGAAAAAUUCCGAAGGAUGAAUCUGCUAAGUCGUCGCAAGCCAGUUCGCCAUUAGAUAAAACCCCGAAAGAUAGAUCACGUUCGCAAAGCGUCAUCGAUAUUGGCGAUAAAAUUCCAGCCAGUAGAUCUAGAACAGCUAGUUUAUUUGAUGACAAGCUACCAGAGAAAGUACUUUCUCAGGACGAGAAGGAUACAUUAAAGCAUAUUGACACAAAACAAUCAUUUGACGAAAAGGACGAAGAUAAAAGCUCACCGCAAGAAAAGAAGAGUCCUGCGACAUCUCCUGAAAUGAUUCAAAAAGAAAUGCGUAAAAUUCGCGAGAAACGAUUCGCCGAUUUUGGAGAGCCAGGCACUAUACAGCCAAGAACAAUAGAAAAAGCAGAUGAUGAAGAAGAAGACAUCAUUAAAAUAACAGCCGAGAAGAAAGCGGAAAUCGAAAAGUAUAUUUUAGAAGAGUUUAUCGUAAGAAAAAGGAAAAUCAGUUUAAUCGUAAUUGAGAAAUUGGUUAUGACAUACUCGGUGCCGCAAUUUAUAGUAAUGGAAAUAAUAGAAGAUAUUAUCAGCCGUCAAAAUAUACCCAAGAGCGCGGUCUUUGACUUUGUCGACGAUGAAUCGUCCGAAUCUCAAUACGAAAAAGAAAUGGCAACAUUGCCACCGCAAAAGAAGGCAGAUGUAGAAAAGUAUAUAACCGAAGAAUUUAUCGCGAAGAAAAAGAAAGUUACACCGGAAAUGUUGGAAGAAAUCGUCAUUCUGAAAGGCUUGCCACGAUAUAUUAUUAUUACUAUCAUUGAAGAGAUUAUUGUCACCAAACAUAUACCUAGGAAUACCUUGAUUGAAGGUGAUUUGGAGGAACUGAGAGAAAAGAGUCCGGAUAUUAUCAAGAAAAGAGAUGAGUCGAUAGUACCGGCCGAUUUGAAUUUGGAGCAAAUUGGCGUUACUCAGGAGUAUCAUGAAAAGCCAAGCGCUAUAAAGGACGAAGAUGGUAAAAUAUCUCCCACAGACAGCGCUCAAGACACGAAAGCUCUUUCUGCUAGUCCCAGUCUUAGUCCGGAGCCCAUCCCUUCUGACAAAUCAACCCAGGAUAGUCCAGUCCGAUCGGAACCGCAUAUAGACGAAGAGAUCUUGAUAUCGGAGGAAAAACGAACGGAAAUCGAAAAACUCUUAGAGGAGGAGUAUAUAAAGAAAGGCCGCAGAAUCACAGAAGUGAUACUCGAAGAGAUAAUUAUCAGAACUUCCCUGCCGAGAUACAUUAUUUUGGAAAUUGUGGAAGAGAUCAUAAUAAAAAGAAAAAUACCAAGGGAAUCUGUGGUUGAUGUGGAGAUUUAUCAAGAGGAAGAGCCGGAAGAGGACUAUGAUAAGGCAGUUUAUGGUUACGACAGAACAGCGGAUGUGAGUUACGAACUGCCACACGAUGCCAGGAAAUCUUCCAUCGAAUACAGAAUGAGCGGGAUGUAUGCGGAACCGAGCGAACGACAAUUAGAUAAAUCCGAUUAUCCGAUGGAUUACGAGAGUCAGUUCCAUAAAGCUUUUGUCGGCGGUAUGACAGAGAUGCGAACAACACACAUAACCACACUCUCCGGCAAGUCGACGCCAGAAUUCGCCACUCACGACGCAACACCCGAAUCAGGAAUCGAAGCUGCUGACAAAACAUCCGAAAAAUUACCAGAGAGCACUCUUACUACGACUCACAUAACCGAUGUCGAAGAUUCAAAAAUCGUGCAACCUAUGCAAACUAUCACGAUAUUGAGAGAAAGCAAGAUCACCGAACCUCAUCUUCCUGAAGAAAGUCCGGAAAAACACGAUGCGAAACAUGAAAUUAUUGAUAAAGAUGAAUCGGAAAAAGAAACCAUAGAGAUUCUAAAAGAGGACAAAUCCUCUGAUGAAAUUGUAAUUAAAAAAAUUGUGAAGCGCGAAAUACUCGAGCAGGAAGAAGCGGAGACCGAAACAUCCGGUGAGCCUGCAACCAAAUCGGAUAGCGACGUCAUCGUAGUUAAAAAAAUAAUCAAACGCGAAAUAGUUGAACCGCAGGAGGAAUCGGAAUCAGUAGAAACUAAAGAAACUAAACGGCCGAGCGUUCAACAAGACGAACCCGAUGCAAUUACCAAAAUCAUUAAACGGGAGAUCGUGGAGCAUGACGAACCGGAAGUAGUUACUAAAGUCGUCAAACGCGAGAUUAUUGAGCAAGACGAGCCCGAAAUUAUUACAAAAGUAAUCAGACGUGAGAUUGUCGUUCCUGAUGAAGAAACGAGCGAUUCUAAAGAAGAUUCAGGCGAAUAUGUAAAAACGAUUACAACGAAAACAACAAGAACGAUCUUGACGGAAGAACUGCCGGAUACCGAAUUAUCGCAGACUGAUCCUUCCAAAAUUUACAAAGAUCCUACUUCGGGUACAACUUAUAGAGUCGUAAGCGACGAAAGCGUACCCGACGUGACGAGUAGCGCUGAUGUGAAGCGAAUCGUGACGAUGGUAACCACAAUCACUGGUCCGGACGGCAAAGUCACCACGAAGAAAGAUGUGAAAGAGAGCACUGAUACAGUAGACAGCGAAAAACUACUGGAGGAACUAAUCGAUUCCGACAAGAUGGCGACAGAGACCACCAAGUCUGCGGAAAAGAUUAUUAAGGAAACGAUUACAACAGUGACAUCGGGCACUUCGACGCCCGACGCGAAAAUCUACGAUUCCGGCAAAUCGACCCCAGAUCUCAAACAAGGGGACAAAUUCGAAUCCACGGUGAAAGAACGUUUAGGCGCGGACAAGUUUGAACAUUCGGUAUCACCGUUAGUACGAGAUCUAAUAUCGGAUGAUAAGAGUUACUCCGGCAAAUCCUCGCCAGAUAUAUCCCUACCCAAAGACAUCGUCUUCAGUGGCUCGACAGGCAAAUCCACGCCGGAGAUACCCAUGUCGCCAUUGAUUCGAGACGGCGCCGCUAUUCAGCCGCAUUUGUCGGGCAGAUCAACACCCGACCGAAGAUCCGAUGGUCGAUCAUCAACAGGUACACCGGAAGGAUUUAGAUCGGGUGAAGUGAUCCGUACCACUAUCACCACCACAAAAAUGAUAUCCGACGAAGGCGAAAUAGUGACAACUACUAGGGAGGUUACGGAAACAACGAAUGAAAAAGGAGAGACUGUUGUGCUAGCGGAGAAGACUGAUGUGAAGGUAGAUGAGCGUUUGCCGAGCAAGGAUGCUGCGGAAAGCGCGAUCAAUAACAUCAUCGGCAGCAUCAAGUCCUCGGAGUCGCAACGAAGCGGCAGUCCGGCAUCCGAUGACGCGACCAGCGACAAGGGGGAUCCGUUGAGUGAACAUGGCAAGAUUGUGAGUCAGACUCAAUGGGGUAGCAGAGAAGAACGGCAUACCUUUUCCGACGACGAGCCGCCCAGCUCGCCUUUAUCUUCGACUUCGCAAGUGGGAUAUUCGCCACAGACAACGCAUCGCCAUGAACUGUCCUCCGACAAGGAAGAUGAGCAGAAGGAACAACAAGUGGAAUUCUCGGCAGCUGCGAUGAGCAGUAGCUUUUAUGGCGAGUUACCGGCGGUACCGGCUCAGAUCUCUGCUAUGAAGACUUUCCAUGGGGAGACUGGCGUACAAAAAAGUAGCGACCCUGUUCAUAGCCGUUUCAUGGUCGAAAAGGAAUUCGCUGGUUACGGCGAAAAGCCGGAUGCGAAGAGAUAUGUCGACGAGGCCGAUCUCGAUUUCGACAAGGCGCUGAUGGAGCACAAAGAGAUGAAGGAGGCCAACGGUGCCUUUAGCAGUGGUAUAGCGCCCAGGUACACAAACGGUAGCCUUCGACAUGAAGACGAAGCAAAAGAUCAUCCGUCGUCUUCUUUCCGAGAUGACAAGGACGAUUCGAAGGGUGACUCGAAAAAGGAUCCUCUGGAAGGAUGGGGUACUCCUCUCGGCCUGCCAUCUCCUAAACCUCCCAAGAAAUUUAAUCUAAAGAAUCCCGCUCAAGCGUCCUGCUCGAGCGAAUCGACUUCUGAUAUCUUGAAUUUCGAUGUGUUAAAAGAUUGGGGGGAACCUCUUAGAUUACCCUCCCCCGCUCCGACAACUAAUGAAGUCUCGAAUAAAGGAGCACCCGGCACGCCGAAGAAAGAACGGAAGCAAGCGAAGAAGGUCCAAUCGGAGAAUAUUAAAAAUAAGAAACGUUCGGAGAGUCCUGCUAAGAACGAGAAAAAAUUGAAGGACUCGAAAAAUAAAAUUCAGCCGGUUUAUAUGGACCUGGCUUAUGUACCACAUCAUGGAAAUUCGUACUACACUUCUUUGGAAUUCUUUAAGCGAGUGCGAGCGAGAUAUUACGUUUUUAGCGGCACCGAGCCGAGCCGAGAGGUCUAUGACGCUUUGUUGGAAGCUAAAAAGACUUGGGAAGACAAGGAUCUCGAGGUAACCAUGAUUCCGACUUACGACACCGACACUCUGGGUUACUGGGUUGCCGACAACGAGGAGGCGCUCGCUGCGAAUCACAUAGAUCUAUCACCGUCCGCGUCCCGAUGCACCAUCAAUCUCCAGGAUCACGAGACUAGUUGUAGCGCCUACAGGCUCGAGUUCUAGGGAUUGGCAGCCUGCUCAGCCGUAAUAGUCGAGUUCUGAGCGGCGUCCGGAACGCGUCAUCAUUCCGCUUUUUUGGACCCAUUCCUACGAAAAAAAGAUAGAAGAAAAAAGGUCGAGCGCGCGCGCGCGCGUAGACCGAUCUACCGUCCCGUCAGGGCGAGCCUUGACGCCCUGACUCCUUCUUCCCCUUGUAGAAGACCCGAAAACAGAUGGCGUUUCUCGAGUUUUCGAGAUUCCCUCGCAGUCGUAGCUCCGCGGCCUAGCAGGAUCGUAGAAAAUCCUAUCGAAUUCUAUAUAGAGGUUAUCCCGAAGAAGAAAGAUCGAUCUUCGAGUUCGCGCAGAUCUCAGAUCGAGAUCUAUUCUAAUCCAAAUUAACACGUUCUCCGUAUUCUUUCGCGAGGGGACGGUGCGGGCGACGAGACGAGAGAUUGUAGGGAUUUUUCUCCUUAGUACGGACACAAGGUAAAAGAUUAAUUACUUACUUCUAAGAAGCCGAUUAUCGAAAUAGAGAGAAUUUGAUUAAGGAUCGCGCUGUAUUGAUAACAGCGGUGGAUAUCCUCUUUUUGGUCUAACGGAUAUUUGUAUUUCUACACUUCGCACACCGUUCGCAGCCCAUGUAGCGCGUUGAUACCGCCUGCAAUACCUUAUCAAUCACUGCUCAAGUCGAGGACGACCGCGGGAAUGUUAAUUCUUGCAGAGGAUUUGCCCUGAAAGCAAAGAGGAACGAUGAUUGUGACAUUGCUUGAUCGAUCGAUCGAUCGCGAAUCGAUGUCAAAAGUCUGUAAAUUUCACGGCUUGGGACAAUCUGUUACAGUUCUUACCGACUAAAUUUGACUUUAAGGAUUACCGAUCCACGAGUUCAGCGGGUCGAACGGUCGCAGUGUCACUCACAAUGAGAUCUUCUCGGGCCCCACCCUCUUCUCGAGCAGCAGAUUAAAGUAAAACUUUUAAUAUCUCUGACACAGCUGCCGCUUUAAGAGCACCGCGUAGUAUUCAGUGUAUCAGUUAAAAAGAAAAAUAAGUGUGAAAGAAGAAAAAGGACACGAGAGAAGGAGAAUGCCAUAUUCACGCGGUGAGAUAUAUCGUGAAUGGGAAACGAAACGCGCGCUUGACGGAUCCAUUGACGAUGGAUCGUCGUCCUUAAACGGGAUAUGCAAGAAGAGAACUAUUCCACGUUAUCCACGAAACAUUAUCCUUCGUUGUUACGUAAUUAACGGCCCCCUUUCUCGUCGUAAAUGUCUAUUCGUGCGUAGAUAAAAACGGCUAAAUUCCAUCGGAAAGUCUACUAGGAUAGGGAAUUAUCUGUGUGUCGUGUUUCUAUAUCGUAGAGAAUAUGUAGAGCGGUGGUCGCGCGAGCUUGACGACAGAUUUUCGUCAUCUUGGGACCCGCGUGGGCGACGUGACCGAGUUAGGCGUCGAGGAGUCCGAUGAGGAUGUUUUCGAAGAAGUCCGAAAGAGCGUUUUGUUGCCGUGGAAGGAAGCACAGGGCGAUGACGAUGCAUUUCAAGACAUCUUUGAUGGACAAACGAUUGUUUACUGCGGAGAGACCUUUGUUUCUUGAUGCGACACGGACGGAAUUUCAGAGAACAGUGAUGGUGAUUUUGGAAACAUCAAUUCUUUAUGAAGAAUGACGAGAGAGAAGGAAUCUAAGUAGAAUCUUGUCUGUAAUCAAGUGGAAACUAAUAUCAAAACUGUCAAAUGAAAACAUAUUUUCAAUAAUUGGAUCACUCCAGCGUCGCAUAAACAACUUUCCUGGGACUAAACUCCGAGUGAUUUCUAAAUACUUCUGAAAGGAAGAAAUGUCGAAUAGAGAAAUGAUCUGUUAAAAAUAAUGGAAAGAAGAACGAUCAUGACAAAGAAAACUUGUUUGAUAGGCAGUAAAAGAGAAGUAUUAGUGGAUGCUUAAGACUUGAUGCAGCUCUGAAGGUUGGAUUAAAGUUCCAUUACAAUGACGAGGAAGUCAUGUCAUCAAUUCUAUCAUGACGAUUUAAAGUUCAUGACUUAAAAAAAAACGCUCAAUGGACUGUUUUGCUUGGUCACUGUUUUCUGAGAUAUCGACAAUGCUGUUGAAGAAAACCGAUCGUUAUUCCUUAAAUAGAUUCGUUUCCAGACUUCGCUAGCGAUUUUGAAAUCAUUACAUCACGUGAAUUCAGAAGAGUCCAGAUCGACAAAACUUUUUGUACUUAACUUUCUCUCAACUAAGGCAUUUUAUCAUAAAGACAAAGCGGGUGACGAAAUGACGAGACAAUGAUAAGGUGAUGAGGUGAUGAGAUACAAUGACAGACAAUUGCGAACGUGGAUAUCGACAUCCCGUUUAUUCGAAAUCCUCACUUCUUGGAACACGAAUCGAUCUCCUAUUCAUCUUUAUUACACGACGAAAGCAUUUGAAAUCUUGUUAUAUAUAGGAAACGUUUACAGAGCAAAUCUUCGUGAAGAGACGUCGAUAAACACUUGCUUAAAUAACGCAAAAAUUUAAGAUGUAUAUAUACAACGUAAAAGACUUUCGAAGGAAAGUCUUUACAACUUUUCGACAUCUAUGUUGUCUGGCUAUCCAUUUUGAAAUUUUUUUCUCUUUUAUGGAAUUGAAAGAGAGAUCAAGUCAAGCAUCUUCUAAACAUUCAUAUAGUUGUAACCCUAAGGAAUCCAUUUAAUGCCGAGUCCAUGUGCGUAUUCCUAAAUCGCAAUUGUCACAUCAUGCCGAAUCAACGUGACGCUCAUAAAUUCGAAUCGAAAUCAAAACGUGUCGGUUUAGUCGACAAUCGCCUUGAGCAAUCUACAGCUGCGAUUUAGGGUUAUGCGAAUCGAGCGCAUGCAUAGAAGAGAUCGAUCAUCGUCUCGAAAUUACGAGGGAACACGAAAUAUAUAGGGCGGAAGGAAAGAAUCGAUAAGAGAUAAGUGCGAUUAAGCGCGAUAUACCGAAACUGUAACUUAUAGAGGACACCUUUGCCCACAUUAUUCUCGCAAGAUCCAUGGACACGAGAAGAAAUAAUAUUGAUCGCAAAGUCGUUUUUCUGUUCACGUCGCAGCUAAAGACGAAGCCGAUUGUCAUCGGAUUUUACAUGAAAAUUUGCGAAAGUCAAGAAGCUUCGAAGUAAAAGAUGCUUGCGAUAGAUUAGGACAUCGGCACGUUGCGUUGAAGCAUGAAG